UUACAACCAUGUGCUUUUUUGUAGGAGCUGUGUGUCAGCCACGUAAGAUUAAAAUUAACAAUUUCUUAAUUCAUUCUGGUUGUAAAUUAUAAAAAUUCGUGGUGAAUCAUAAAAAAUAUUACGCCAUUUAAUAAUGGUGUAUAUAGACCGAAAUGGUCGCGUCUGUGAAAGCCGACCUUGGGAUUUGAGCCGCAUAAUUGACAUCUUUACCGGUCUGUGGUUUGUAAUAGUCCAUUACUUUCAAACUUUAGUUGCUCCCUUUGUGCCUCGACGGGAUAGUGUACGACGGAAUACAGGUUGGGGUUCGGGUGGUGGAGGAGGUGGAGGUGGUGGGGGUGGUAAUGGAGGUUUACGUCCCAAUCGUCGCAUAGGCCGUAUAACUAAUACUAUGGAUUGCAAUAUACCUGGGGGCGGGUGAUCUCGAUAAAGUGUCCAAGCACCCCAAGUUAUGCAAGCAAUGUUAUUUACGAACAACACCAAAAUACUCCACAUUAACAUUGCCGACAGCUUGGACACUGCAGAAAAGUUAAAUACUUUUUCUUAAGCAACUUUCCAUUUUGACAGCUUGCUGCCCGUAUGACGAGACACUUGUAAACUCCUAAAAAGAGGGAAGUGUUUCUGACAUUUUUAAUGGAAGGCUUGCUUAA